CCUAUUGGCAUGAACGGUUGCUCGAAGCGUUGAGGGCACCAUUAAUCAUUUAAAAACCCAAAGAAAUGAUUUUGAGUGGUUUUCCUUGGCUCUUCAUGAGACGGCAGAUGUUAGCAAUACUGCUCAGUUGUUUACUUGGGAAGUCAUCGCUGAGCUUGAAGUGAUUGAAAAGUGAGUUUGAACCAACAUUGUGUGUUGGGGGCUUCGAGGACAAAUACAGUGUUUUCAAGACACCAAAGCAUCAAUUCCAUACAACUUGAAUCUUCGAAGCUACAUUAGAAGGAUGCUUAUAAACAUCUGUAGAGUGGAAAUGAGCUCAGGUGGGCAUGGUUAUGAUGCCAUGAAAAUGUGAGCCAGGUGAAGCUUGUGGUUAUCUGUCAUUAAUUCCUUGGUGUUCUGCAGAUGUGUGUCUAGCCGGUAGUCAGGGUCUGUGCGGGGUCAGCGUCUGGAAUUCCGUUAUGGAAUUAGCCGUUGUCAGUUCCGUAGGCUUGGGUCAAGAGUAGGAGCAACACUCUCCCAUGCCUUCGCCCCACAGCCGCCUGGUGGCUUAGCAGCAGGCAGGUUUUCAGCUUAGGAGAGAGGUGGGAAGUUGUCAGAAGGAGAGCAACUGCCCUCGGCCACUCUUAAUGAACACCAAGGACUUGCUUUUGCCAUAAUCUCGGUCACAUUUCUUAAUGAAUCCACCCUACACAUUCCAAGACGGAACAGGUGCUUAUGUCAAAGCCAAGCCUUCAGGAGAAGUCUUGCUAUGCAGUUAGUCUUUCUACACACUGUCAGUGGUGUUCAGCUGUCCACAUGGGCAGAAGGAUCUGAAAGAAGAUGAAUUUGGCAGAGAUUUGUGACAACGCAAAGAAAGGGCGAGAGUAUGCGCUUCUGGGAAAUUAUGACUCAUCGAUGGUGUAUUACCAGGGAGUAAUACAGCAGAUCCAGAGACACUGCCAGUCAGUGAGAGACCCGGCUGUCAAAGGGAAGUGGCAUCAGGUACGGCAGGAACUCUUGGAGGAAUACGAACAAGUUAAGAGUAUCGUCAGCACCUUAGAAAGCUUUAAAGUCGACAAGCCCCCAGACUUCCCUGUGUCUUGUCAAGAUGAACCAUUUAGAGAUCCAGCCGUUUGGCCACCCCCUGUCCCUGCAGAGCACAGAGCUCCGCCUCAGAUCAGACGUCCCAACCGAGAAGUGAGGCCUCUGAGGAAAGACUCGGGAGCAGGCGCCCGCGGACUGGUGGGCCGAGCGCACCCGAUAUCCAAGAGCGACAAACCUGCGAGUCGGGACAAGGACUGCAGAGCGAGAGGGAGAGACGACAAGGGAAGGAAAAAUAUGCAAGACGGUGCAAGUGAUGGUGAAAUCCCCAAAUUUGACGGCGCUGGAUACGAUAAGGAUCUGGUGGAAGCCCUGGAGAGGGACAUUGUGUCUCGGAACCCUAGCAUUCACUGGGAUGACAUCGCAGAUCUGGAGGAGGCGAAGAAGUUGCUCCGGGAAGCUGUUGUCCUUCCCAUGUGGAUGCCUGACUUUUUCAAAGGGAUUCGAAGGCCGUGGAAGGGUGUGCUAAUGGUUGGACCUCCAGGGACUGGGAAAACCAUGCUAGCUAAAGCAGUUGCCACUGAAUGUGGGACAACCUUUUUUAAUGUCUCCUCUUCUACACUGACUUCUAAGUACAGAGGUGAAUCUGAGAAGUUAGUCCGUCUGUUGUUUGAAAUGGCUAGGUUCUACGCCCCCACCACGAUCUUCAUUGAUGAAAUAGAUUCUAUCUGCAGUCGAAGAGGAACAUCGGACGAGCAUGAAGCAAGUCGCAGAGUCAAGUCUGAGCUGCUUGUCCAGAUGGACGGAGUUGGGGGAGCCUUAGAGAAUGAUGAUCCGUCCAAAAUGGUGAUGGUUCUGGCUGCCACUAACUUCCCAUGGGACAUCGAUGAAGCUUUGCGAAGGAGACUAGAGAAAAGGAUCUACAUCCCUCUCCCAACAGCAAAAGGAAGAGCCGAGCUUCUGAAGAUCAGCCUCCGGGAGGUGGAGCUGGAUCCUGACAUCCGCCUGGAGGACAUCGCGGACAAGAUUGAGGGCUAUUCCGGUGCCGACAUAACUAACGUCUGCAGGGAUGCAUCUUUGAUGGCAAUGAGGCGGCGCAUCAGCGGCUUGAGUCCAGAAGAGAUCAGGGCCCUGUCCAAGGAGGAGCUGCAGAUGCCUGUCACCAGAGGGGACUUUGAGCUGGCACUGAAGAAAAUUGCCAAGUCGGUCUCGGCUGCGGACUUGGAGAAGUACGAGAAGUGGAUGGUUGAGUUUGGAUCUGCGUGAUUUGUCAGCUGUCUCGUUUCUGGUGUUCUUGUCUAUAAAUGUGAAGGAAUUCCUUAAAUUUUAAAAAAAAUCUGCAA